AUGGGUUAUUUCGUGGCAGGAAUUUAUCUUGAAGAACGUCAAAAUAGACGAUUAUUGUGUUGGAUGCGAAUAUCGCAAUCGUUGAUCAGUCCGCAACCGCGAAAUGUCUCGCAUCAGUUGUCUCAAAAUCCCGCUGGUGUAUUCACUGAAAAAAUCGACGCUCCACUGAAGCAUUAUAUUCCUGGCGCUGCGCAUUUGACAACAAUCUUACACGUGUUCUCACCGUUGUUUGAAAGAGUCAAAAAGAAACUUCCUGUCGACGAGUUGAGAUAUGAACGAGUACCGACUAUUUUGAAGGGCAUAAUAGGCGUACCGAUCUCAACCGAGCAAGCGCCAUUCAUAAUGUGUACAUCGGCCGAGAUAACACCCACUCAAGAGAGUGUUCUUGAUUGUGUUCGAAUUAUGUACUUGGUGAGUAGUGUGUGUUUUUUUUUGGGGGGGAGGGGGGAUAUCGAGUCCGUUCAUUUAAAUUUGUUUAUGGUUUAUAUUUAUUCGUUAAGCAUUUUUGUUCAUUUAUGGUGA